UACAAGGAGACGUGUUCUACACAGUAUAUUUCCGUUGCCAUGACUACAGCGAUGGCUCAAGAUGAGGCCACAACAUUUCUGCUGGGUGUGAUGGUGACGCUGGUGCUCUUACUAUGGCGGUGGUCGACUCGGCGUCCUUCCAGCUUACCCCCGGGGUCUGGAACAGCCCUCCCUCUGAUCGGUCAUCAGCACUUGCUAAGCAGAAAUCCCAGAGUGCAGUUCGCAGCAUGGCGGCGACAGUACGGCGACGUAUUCAGUCUCUACGUUGGCAACCGUCUGAUAGUGGUGCUAAGUGGCUACAGGGUCAUCAAGGACGCCCUGAUGACACAUGGCGACGUCUUCUCAGACCGGCCUCACAUGUUCCUCACGGAUGUAAUUGCGAAAAAUAGAGGUGUUGUCGGUACAUCGGGCGCCCAUUGGAAGGAGCAGCGGAAGGUGUCGUUGGAGAUUCUGCGUGAGAUGGGGCUGGGCAGGAACUUGCUGGCCGAGAAGAUCCAGGAGGAGGUCAGAGAGUAUGUCAAGGCCGUGGCCGCUCUUCAGGGUGCUGCCUUCGACCCCAAAACACUUACUUACACCAGUGUGUCCAACAACAUUUGCUCCAUCGUCUUCGGAGAACGCUUCGAAUACAACGUGUGGAAUGCAAGCCUCACUUUGUUUAAUCGGUUUCUUACAUCUUCGUCUCUACCUCCAUCUUUGCUGCCUAUGCUGCCAAGGCCAGUCAUCGCUCUGCGAGCCUAGUGAGCUUCGUCUGUGCACGUUGUUGCUUGUGGGACAAGAGGCUGAUGUCAUCCGCAAAGUCGAGAUCCUGAACUUGCCUGGCAAAGGUCCACUGAACGCCCGUGUUGCUGUUAGAGGUUGUUCUUGUCAUGAUCCAGUCUAUGACGAUCAGCAAGAUUGUCAGCGAGAGCAUAUACAACCUUGCCUCACUCCAGUCCUCGCUGCGAAUUGUAGCUUUUCAUUGUUCUUGUUCUGUUAUGG